AUGGCCACUGCUCAAGGCGCAAGGCGCAUGGCGCAUUGCUCCUCGCCUCACCUGCUACAUGCCUCACCUGCUGCAUGCCUCCACACCAAUUCUCUCCUUCCUUUCUCCCCUCUUGCCUUCGCGUACGCACCCCUUGUCCCUCCUCCCGCCUGUCCCCACUUCUUCACCUGCCCCUUCUCCCCACCUCUGCCCUCCUGCUCCGCCCCCUGCCCCCCCUUCUCCUACCCCUCGCCUCGCAUCCCCGCUUCCCCUUCCCCUCCCUGCGCCUCCCCUCCCUGCUCCGCCACCCCUUUCCCUUCCACGUGGCCGCCCGUCGCCACUGCCCCCAUCUGCGCAAACCGUCCCACUAGCAUGCAAUGGCGCGGACUCUCGCGGAGGCGGCAGUAG